AUGCCUGAAGACUCGGCAAUCCCAAGGACGUCUAUAGGCUCGGAAGUGAAAGAGGGGAUGAGGCGGCGGAUCCAGCUGGAUCACCCAUGCGGGGAAGCACCGGGGGAGGGCAGAGAUGGGGAAGGUAGAGCAGGGGAAGGCAGAGCGGGGGAAGGUAGAGCAGGGGAAGGCAGAGCGGGGGAAGGUAGAGCAGGGGAAGGCAGAGCGGGGGAAGGCUGUAGAGGCAGAAGCGGGACAGAUGCACAGCCCGGGAGACAAGGGGUGUGCGCAGGGCCUGGGGGGUUUGGUACGGCUGGGGUGGGCGACACAGUGCCAGCGCGGGAGGAUGCAGAAGUAAGGUGCGGCAGAGUGCAGGAAAUUCGUGGUGCACAGCGGUGUAGCGAGGCGCAGAUGGUGGGGUUCUGUUUGCGAGGGGAGGAUGCAAUGAGAGGUGGGGGAGUGGGAGGCCGGCCGUUGGUGGUUGCGACGAAGCUAGACCGCAGGUUGGUGGACACGGCUCUACGGUCUGGCGACCAUGCUUCUUAUGCUCACACAGAGCUGGACUGCAGGUUGGAGGCAGCCCUACGGUCCGGUGACCACACAGCAGCGCUGCGGGUGAACGAGGCGAUUAUGAGAAGGGAGAGCGCGCGCCGGCAGAGAGGCAGAAUGGCACAUGCAGCUUGCAGCGAGCUUGCAGGGUCUUUCCUCAAUAAACCUGCACCCUUUGCAUUGCCACAGGAGCAGGAAUCGGUGCGGCGCAAGAAACGGCAGCGGCUGAACUGGGGGAUGGAUGUGCUGCGCAAGUCAGAAGGGAAGGGCAACAUGUCCUCUGUUGCAGGAGCAGACAGGUCCACCGCCGUGACCGCCGCGACCGCCGCGACCGUGGUGGCGGCACGGGCGAGGUUCUUUGGGGAGCGCUUUCGAUCUCCUGGUAGCGCAUCGUCGGUGUGGCGGUCCGCCGCGCUGCGCGGGCAUACGACGCGGCGCGAACGAGGCGGUAGAGGGCCGCGCGGAGUUACAGUGACGGCCACGUGUAAGCCUCUCGAUGGGCGGGAAAGGGGAAACUUCCCGGGGGAGGACGACCGGCGACGGGGAGAAGUUUUGGGGAGGAAUCAUCGUCCGCGCCUUCACGGAGCUCGCACCCUCCAUCCAGUAUCCCGUCCCCAUCUCCCCACCUUCUCCCCUUUUCCCCCGCCUCUCCCGCCUCAACCCCAUUCCCCUUUCCUCCCCUUCCCCCACCUCUUCCCCCCCCCCCCCCCCCGCUCCCCGCGCUCCGCCUUCCCCCGACCUCCAGGGGACGUGGUGAGUCGCGGCGUGGACCGCGCGUUCACGGAGCUGGCGGAGUUGGACCAGUCGCCCGGGAGCGACGGGCGGCAGGUGAUCAACGUGCCCGAGCUCUACACGGGCAUCCUCAUUGUGUACGAGUGA